AUGCCGAGGAAUAUCGUAACCUGGCUUUGGUUGUUGGUCUUCUCAUUGGCAUGGGUUUGUCCCUCUGCUGUGCACCAGGGCGGCAAAAGGUUCUCUGAUCCAUCUCUGAGCGACCAGACAGGAAACCUCGCCGUGCAGAACUGUCGUUUCCACACGGCGGGCGACCACUGCGAGCGAUGCCAGGAAGGUUACCAUGGCAACGCCGCCCAAAAAACCUGCCGCGCUUGCCCGUGUCCUUUCACGUGGAACAAUUGGGCUUUGGCCUGCCUAAACGUCAGCUCUGGGGUGGUUGAAUGUUUGUGCAAACGCGGCUAUGCCGGAUCCAGAUGUGAGAGGUGUGCAUUUGGUUACUAUGGCGACCCAGCGGCGCGCGGCGGCAGCUGCAAGCUGUGCGAGUGCGACACAGAUGAUGAUGGGAACAUUUGUCAUCCCUUGAGUGAAGAGUGCAUCUCACCUAGCAACAGCACUUCUGAGGGUCACGAUCACGCCUUGAAGUGCUGCGCUGAGGUUUUGCUUCUCCGCUUGAGGGCCAACAAGGGCGACCUGCUUGGGCUGACUCACAUCUCUGCUUCAGUUUCAAUACUGAUCCACUCUCAGAGGAUAGUCUCUGAAGCCGAGACAGUAGUGAAGAGCUACAGCGGGACUAGGAGACAUCUGGAGCUAAAGGCUGAGCAGCUUGAAGAAGAUGUGAACACAAUCCGAGACGACCUGGACCAGCUUUCAUACCAGGCCCUUCAAAUAUUCUCCCGUGGGGAUGAAGCCCUUCAGAGUCAGAAUGGACCAAAAACGGAGGCCAAGGUUUUACUCGGCCACGCUAAGUCUGUCGUGGCGUCAUUACGAGAUUUAAUAAAACAACCAAACCAGGCUGCAGCUGCCAUCAGGAUGGGCGGAAGAGACGGGGCGGUCUUGAUGGAAGAGGCUCACCGGCUCGUGGAGGAAAUGAGCCGCCGGGGCUGCGUAGAGGCGACGACCGGGGCCCGAUCCCACGGCCAGAACAAGAAAUUGAUUGACGCCAUAACCAAGAUGGCCGCCGCGAGACCUAAUCAGCAGACUGUGAACCAGACUGCAGACUCUCUGAUGGCCUCACAGGCUCUUCUCAGACACGUGACUGAUCUUCUGUCAGGUGCAAAGGUCGCAGUAAGAAGAGCAAAACGUGUUCAUUUGACGAGUGCUACAACCCGACACCUGCAGCAUGGUCACGAUCAAACCGCAACGGAGACACGUUCCCUCCGUGCAGUGACUGAAAGCACAAGAAGACAUCAGUUAGAAAACAUCGCCGCCAUCUUUUUAAAGCUGCUGGACGCCAAACACGGCUUUGAGAAGGAUGCGGCUCAGUUAGACGCCGCCAAGCAGCAGCUGCGAAAGAGUCUCAAUAACAUCUUCCCUGUCGUGGCCAAGAUGGAGAUCAUCGUCGAGGCUGAGGAGCACGCACGGGUGCUCAGCAGAUUGGCCACAGACAUGCAAAAAAUGCUUCCCAUUCCCACGUUCAACACCACAAAGCAGCCGAACGAACCCAGCGUGUUAAACAGCAUCAUGACUUAUAUGGAGGACGCCACAAUUGCUGCUAAUCGGUCCAACAUGGCUGCCGACGAAGCAUUACAGGAUGUGCUGCGGGACGGUCUGCUCUUGACAACGGAGGCACUGAGUGAUAAUUCGACUCACUUGUGGACUGCGGCCAACCACACUCAUAAAGACUUCAGAAAGUUCUCACAGUCACUGAACAUGCACAAGGAUGGUGUAAAACGACAGAAAGAAAAAGGUGAAUCUUUGCGAUUUGACAUCUCCCGAAUGAGCGAUGAACUCAAAAGGCUCAAAAGAGACGAAAUGAAUGCCCUCAUAGACUCAGCCAAAAGAGCAGCCUCCGCCACCAACGACACUGUCACACAUGUGACACACAGACUGAGGAAUAUCAGACAGGAAAUGGACAGAUUGACUUUGAACAACAGCGAUCUGGCUUUAAAUGACAUUUUAAAUAACACACAACAUGCCGUGAGGAGUUUGGAAACGGCGCUCCCGGUGGUGAGAGACAAGUUCGCCCAAGUGGAGGCCCUGGGAAAAACGUCACCAACUAGCGGCAACAUGACAGAAAACAUCCGCAGGAUCAAGGACCUGGUCCAGGAAACAAGGAGCUAUCUUAAUAGGCUCUCGCUCGCUACCCCCUUCAACGGGAAAGCUCACAUUGAGCUUCAUCCACCGAGCAACGGCGAAGACGUGAAGGCCUUCACGGCCGUCGAACUCCUCCUCAGCGUGGACAAAACAGCGGUGGAGCGCAGAAGAAAACGUCGGGACGAACGGCGAGACGACGACAUGUUUGUUUUGUACCUGGGCGGCGAGGACGGAUCGGGCGACUACAUAGGGAUGGCAAUCAGGCGCGGCGUGUUGAUUUGUGUCUACAACCUGGGCGGCCACGUCCACGAGGUGGCUACCAGUCCUAUAACAACGUUCACCGGCGCGUACGCUUCCAGUUUGGACCGCGUUGUUUUCCACAGAGUUUACCACGAUGCCGAAGUCAACAUUACAGCGAACUUCACGUCAGAGCGGCCCGUCCCUUACGCUCCCAAACGUCACCUUCCGAAUACCGUGAGCGGAAUCCUCGAUCUGGAUCCACAGCGCACGGUUUUCUACGUCGGCGGCUACCCUCCACAUUUCAACCCUCCCAAGCAUCUUCGCUACCCGAGGUACCGAGGCUACGUGAAACUGUCCUACAUCAACAACGAGCCACUUUGCCUUUACAACUACAAGCGCGCCGUCAACAUGCCGGAAGCUGGCGAGCGCGCUCUAAUGUUACCCAGCUCCGAGGUGUCCGACUACUACCGGGGAAACGGCUACCGCGAGGUUUUGGUGAAGGAGCCACACAAGAGGAGGAGACGCCUUUUUAAGUUUCACACAAACAGCCGGGACACUGACGCCUUGCUGUUCUACAUGGGCACGGAGGAGGCGUUUUGGUGCUUGCUGGUGGAGCGUGGCCACCUGGUACUUCAAGGUCAACACGCAGGAAUAAAGCAGCGAGCUCGGAGUGCUGACAAAGUGUCUCUUUUUGACAAACACCUGGCCAUCACCGUUGAGGAUACGAUCACGGUCCACUUCGAAGACAAGCGCAUCUCCAUUGAGCACGUUAAAGCUCUUUACAGGAGCUUUUACCUUGGCGGUGUGCCACAACACAUUAGAAACAGACACGAAAUCAGCGCUCCGCCGCUGAGGGGCUGCAUGGAUCAUGUGAGCGCUGAUGCCCAGAUUGUGGAGUACAACACGACAAUGGGUGUCAGUAAUGGCUGUCCCUUCGCACUGCUGGGGGUUCGCACGGCCACGCUGCAUUCGCCUCUUUCAGCUGACUGGCUUUUUGCACCGGAUCAACAGCGCUUGGCUCUUGGAUUCAGGAGCACACAUAAGCACGGCAUCAUUCUCAGGAGCAGCUCUCAGAGCCCCUUCCUGGGUCACAUUUCUCUUGACGACGGCUACCUUCAACUCAGCCUCGGCCAACACAACGUGAAGUCAUUGAAAAGAUACAACGACGGGAGCUGGCACUACUUGUGUGUGGCCCAGAUGCCGAGGCUGGAGGCCCAAAUUGACAACGCAGACGUCAUGUUCCGCGUUCUGAUUCGGGAGCCCGAGCUGAACCGAGGAGAAGAAUUCCAAGGCUGCAUCGCUAACAUUUACUCCAGGUCGGCACAGAGCUUUACACCCGUGGAUCUGAAUUCUCUGCCGCCAACGGGAGUUGGCGUUCUGGGUCAAUGCCGUCUCGGCUCAACCAGGCAAACUGGACGAUUAGCCACAGACGUGAGCAGACAGCUCCAGAUGCACAAACUCACUGUGGACCGAACAGACGGCGAGUGCGGACGUGAGCGAGCAUCCCCCCGCGGUUAUGAGCUCGCACAGGAAGACAGCUGGCUGGCAUACAAAUUGCCCAAGCAGGACCUUAAUUACAGGCCUCACUUCUCCCUGGACGUCAAGACCAAGUCCUCCAAGGGCCUCAUCCUCUUUGUCGAGGGCACGGGAGUGGUGCCCCUGCUAUUUCUGUACGUGACGAAUGGCAAGAUUAAGAUGUCUCUCGGGCCGAGCAGAGUCAUCCACCACAAGCUGAAGACAAACGACGGACACUGGCACAGAGUGCAAUGCAGUGUGGAGAGGAACACGUUCCAUCUUCUGGUAGAUGGAAUCCGCGUGAACGACGGCCAUUUGCCCAACGAUGAGGGCUUGUCCUUAAACUUCCACGGCCAUGUCUACCUGGGAGGCCACCUGGGGGCCACUAAUGGGCCUAAAAUCCUCUUGAAGAGCAUCUCGGGCUGUGUGCGGGACUUCAGAGUGAACGAUCAGCCGGUGGGCCACCCCGAGGGGGCCCGCGGGGUGUCGCCCUGCUCAGAUGGGCUCACGGAGAGGGGGACGUACUUUGGUGGUGGUCACGUCGUCUUAGGUUCGAUGCCAUAAAUCGGGGUGGUUUUGUGCUCAAGGGCCACAUAUGAUUUUCAAAACGGACUGGUCAUUUGUAGAUGAGAACAAAUAAAAAAGUAAAAUAUGUGACAUUUUUUUAACAGUAUUGCGUUGGUAGUAGCAUCUGGUGCCGAAGUGAGUUGAGGAGCUUCAUUUCGACAUAAGUUUAUUUUGUUUUAUGUAGUUUUCAGUAGUUGUCUAACCUUUUACACAAAGCACCAACUAAAAAAUUAUUUAGCUCUCCAAGUACCAGCAUAAUGAUCAACAUUAAAAUACAGUAGUUAGUAGGCCCAAGUGUUUAACAAGAAUGAGGCAAAGGUUUUAUUACUAAGAAGUAUAUUUAAUAUUAUUAAAAGCUAGUGUAACAUUAUGCACAGUUCAACACUGGACUUA